AUGGAAGCUUUUAUCCCCUCAAUAUUCAACACAUCCAAUUCCUACACCUUCACUACUACUACUAAUGGUAGCAAUAUUGGUGGUACCAUUGCAAGUCCUUGGAUGGACAGUAGGUUAUGGAGUAGGCUCCCACAGAGGCUGCUCGACCGGGUCAUCGCCUUUCUACCACCACCGGCCUUUUUUCGAGCUCGAGCAGUCUGUAAAAGAUGGUACGGACUCAUAUUCUCCAACAGCUUCCUUCAAAUGUAUCUCCAAGUAUCGCCUCGUCGCCAUUGGUUCCUUUUCUUCAAGCAAAAAGGCCUUAAGAGCCAUAUCUGUAGAAGCAACACUGACCCCCAAAGCAACAUCAACAGAGCCAACUGUGAAGGAUACCUCUUUGAUCCAUACGACGUGGCUUGGUACCGGCUUUCGUUUGCCCUAGUUCCACCCGGAUUCUCUCCGGCCUCAUCGUCCGGUGGACUUGUUUGUUGGGUGUCCGACGAUGCCGGUUCCAAGAGCCUCCUUCUCUGCAACCCUCUUGUUGGGUCACUAGCUCCAUUGCCUCCCACACUAAGGCCUAGACUCUUCCCUUCUAUCGGCUUAUCCGUCAGUUCUUCUUCGAUAGACGUAACCCUAGCCGGAGAUGACUUGGUUUCGCCAUAUGCAGUCAAGAAUCUUACAACAGAAAGCUUUCACAUUGAUGCAGGAGGGUUCUACUCCAUUUGGGGCACAACUUCUUCUCUCCCUAGACUUUGCAGCCUCGAAUCGGGUAGAAUGGUUUUCGUCCAAGGGAAAUUCUACUGCAUGAACUAUAGCCCAUUUAGUGUAUUGUCUUAUGAUGUUGCAUCAAACACUUGGUGCAAGUUACAAGCCCCAAUGCGAAGGUUUCUACGUUGGCCGAGCUUGGUGGAGAUCCAAGGGAAGUUGAUUCUUGUUGCAGCAGUUGAGAAGAGCAAGCUCAAUGUGCCUAGAAGCUUGAGGCUUUGGAGCUUGCAGAGUUGUGGGACAUGGGUGGAGAUAGAGAGGAUGCCACAGCAACUGUAUGUUCAGUUUGCGGAGGUGGACGGUGGUCGUGGGUUCGACUGCGUUGGCCACGGGGACUUCGUCGUUGUGAUAGUUCGAGGAUCGUCUGACAAGGCGUUGCUGUUCGAUUUCUGUAGAAAGACGUGGGUGUGGAUUCCUCCAUGUCCUUAUGUUCAUGGUAACUGUGGCAGCAGUGGUGAAGGUGGUGAAUUGCAUGGUUUUGCUUAUGAGCCAAGGCUCGCCACACCGGUCACAGGACUUCUGGAUCAGUUGACGCUUCCCUUUCUUGGUAGUAGCUAG